UCAUUACAUCCGUAGCCAUUUUGGCUCAAGGCUCCCCGCGCGCGCGCGAGGGUGAUGGCUACGGGAUCGGGCUCAGUGCUGCGAGGCGCUGCUGGGGCCUGGGCGGCGGCAAACCGGCGUGUGGCGCGCUUGCAGUCGCAACUGGACGUCGCGUUGCGCCAGAAGAAGGAGGUCGAGGCAGCGUACUCCGCACUCAUCGGUGACGAUGAGGUGGCGGCGCGGGUGCGCUGCAUGCUCCCCGCGCUCAUGGCCGCCGUCGCGGGCGUGGAGCCGACAUGGCUCCAGCGCCUGAGGCGCAGCGUCGGCCUCCACUCGGCGGCGCCUGGCGCGCGGGCACCGGUGGCGGGCGCGGGCGAGCUCCGCUCCCUUCACCACGGGCCGCGGCUGGGGACCGCUGCUACGGCGUCGGAGCGAGGAGCGCGGGCACCUCGUGGUAGGCGGCGCCGCAGGGGCAGUGGCUGCGCGCACGCAUCGCAGCCUGAGGAGGUGGCCGCGGCUCGUGGACACGUGGCUGGCACGCGAUGCACUUCCAGCGCGAUGGUGUUCAGUUCGCUGGAGCCGCUCGUCGUGGAGGAGCCGUGCAUCACGGCUCAAUCGUCCAGGACGCCGAUGCGGCUUGGCGCCCAGCCAUACGUGCCGAACGAGCUGCAGGAGGGCGAGGAGAAGCUGGGCAUCGGGGGGGCCUCUGCAAUGGCGCGGAGGCGUGCGGUGCGGUACGCGGCGCUGGACGGCGACGCGGCGAAGCCCGACGUCAGCGGCUACAGCCUACCUGCGGGAUACGACGGCGGCGAGGAGAGGCCGCCGCUCAAGGAGCUAGACGACGAGCCCGACGGCGGGCACGACGAGGUGGCCAUCGGCAGGAAGUUGCAGAGCGAGGGGAUGUUGGACAUCGGUGUUGCCUCAGCGUGGACGCGGAGGCGGAGGGUCGGGCGACGUGGUGCUGGACGGCGACGCGUUGGAACCCGACGUCCCCAGCUACAGCCUGCCUGCGAACUACGACGGGGUGGUGGAGCGGCCGCCGUUCGGGGUGGAGGGCGAGGAGGACGUGCCCCCGCCCGUGGUGGAAGGCGAGCUUUUCUACACCUACGAUGACUUGAAGACGAUGGCCGCCACAGCGACAAGGCCGUUGGGCAGUGUGAGAAGGCUGUGGGCCAUCGUGACGGAGCGGGUCGAGGGCUCUCUAUGCUGACGGGUGAAGGUGCGCAGCCGUGCUCUGUGCUCGCCGGUGCAGCGGGCUUGCGGGUCCGUCGCAAGAGCAUGGCCCCGUUGCACCCUUGAUGUGAGGAGAUCGGUGGGCGCCCGCGGAACUGCGCCGACCCACCAUUGGGAGAUCGUGAUCAUC